UGUGACAUUGUUCUAUUUUUCCUGGUUUUGUGGAAUCCUUUUGAAAAGGACGUAAGAAGGGAAUAUUUUUUCUGUGGGAUUGGAAGCCGCAGUUCAGAUCAUGAGCCAGAACGCGAUGUCAUUUCCGAUACGGGUCACGUUGCUGCCCACCAUUCUGUCAUCAUGACUACCGGUGAGGAGACAGAACCAGGCUUGUGGCCGGACCGAGCUGAAGUCAGCCUGACUAUACCAGCUCAGGCUGAUGGUACAUGCCUCGAGGAGGCCGAGGACCAGACUGCUGGCCUUGCUGGAAGUGCUGGGGUGUCUUGGGAGUCCACUGGCUGCGUGGCAGAAGUGAAGGAGAAUGCGCAGCUUCCAUAUCCAUCCCUGGCACCGGUGGUGUUCUUCUGCCUCGACCAGAGCACACGACCCCGCAGCUGGUGCCUUGCGCUUGUGUGCAGCCCGUGGUUUGAGCGAGUCAGCAUGCUGGUGAUUCUGCUCAACUGUGUCACCCUCGGCAUGUUCCAGCCCUGCCAGGACCUGGAGUGCCACUCUGACAGGUGCAGCAUACUGCAGGCGUUUGAUGAUUUCAUUUUCGCAUUCUUUGCUGUGGAGAUGGUGGUUAAAAUGGUGGCCUUAGGGGUGUUUGGGCCAAAAUGCUACCUUGGUGACACCUGGAACCGCCUUGACCUCUUCAUUGUCAUGGCUGGGAUGUUGGAGUAUUCUUUAGAUGGUCAUAACGUUAGUUUCUCAGCCAUCAGAAUCGUACGGGUUCUCCGACCUUUAAGAGCCAUCAACAGAGUUCCCAGUAUGCGUAUCCUGGUGACGUUGCUGUUGGAUACUUUACCAAUGCUGGGAAACGUUUUGCUGCUUUGUUUCUUUGUGUUCUUUAUCUUUGGGAUCGUUGGCGUCCAGCUGUGGGCAGGGCUUCUUCGGAAUCGAUGCUUUUUGGACAACAAUGUCAGAAUGCUGUAUAAUUUCACAGAGUCUCUGAGUGAAUACUACAAAUCAGAAGAAUCUGAUGACAUCCCCUUUAUUUGCUCCACCGCUCGGGAGAAUGGAAUGCUGCACUGCUCCAAUGUCCCGAAUCGCAGAGUGGGAGGGGUUUAUUGUGAACUCACAGCUGAUAAUAACACAGAUCAUGUUUUCAAAGCGCCACCUCAUCAUGGAUGUGUGAACUGGAACAUGUAUUAUAAUAACUGCAAAGCAAGUGAACACAAUCCACAUAAUGGGGCUAUAAACUUUGACAACAUUGGAUAUGCAUGGAUUGCUAUAUUUCAGGUUAUCACCUUGGAGGGAUGGGUGGAUAUCAUGUACUACGUCAUGGAUGCACAUUCCUUUUACAACUUCAUCUAUUUCAUCUUUCUUAUCAUUGUAGGCUCCUUUUUCAUGAUCAACCUGUGCUUGGUUGUCAUAGCAACACAGUUCUCCGAGACCAAACAACGUGAGAACCAGCUGAUGCAGGAGCAGCGGGCACGUUUCCGCAGUACCGAGUCCAUCAUGGCCGAACCAGGAUCCUGCUACGAAGAAAUGCUGAAAUACCUCGUCCAUGUUUGCCGUAAACUUUGCCGUCAUGCUGUUCGCCUCUACGGUGAAUCAUGCCCCCGAGGAAAAAGGGGUGUGGCCAAUCCCAACAAUCCCUCCCUCGCUGGAGGCGGGACUGAUGGAUAUUGGAAUGACAAUGGGACGAAGUCCCAAUACAUUAUGCCAAAUUAUCAGCAUACACAUCAUCAUCAUCAUCAUCAUCACCAUCACAUCAGUAAUGGCUUUGAAGCAAAAACCCUUCAUCUCGAUAGAGACACUCAGAAUUCCAAAAAGAGCCCAUCACUUGCACUACAAAGUUUGAAGGGUUUGAGGCUCAGUAUGAACUAUCCCACCAUUUUGCCCUCCAAAAUGUACACAAACUCGCACACUCACCUACAUACUACAGGAGGGCCCAAGACACCAGCCUUUCACCAUGGGCUCUAUGGCAAGAAGAUCUCAGUUUGCAGUGGAUUCCAUGAUACUUACAAGUUACAACAUGGUAUGUAUCCAGGCACAUGCUCGAGUAUGUGUGUAGACAGCAGCGUGGGACUUGUAUCCUCUGAAUUGUCCUCCUGCCCAGUUUGCGCCCAGGAAGGUGACAGUGUUAAUUGUGACUCUAACAGCGAAACAGACCCUGAGAAACAGGGGCCGGACUGCAGUCCAGAACAGAGCAAAAGGAAUCAGGACAAAAAAGAAAAGGAGCCUGGGAAUGAAAAUUGUGUGUGUAUGUGUCUUCAUUGUGUCAGAACUGUGGUGAGACAGAUUGUGGACAGCAAAUACUUCAACAGAGGAAUAAUGAUUGCAAUCCUUAUCAAUACAUUGAGCAUGGGAGUGGAGUACCAUGAACAGCCAGAUGAGUUGACAGAUGUGCUGGAGAUCAGUAAUAUUGUCUUCACGAGUUUGUUUGCACUAGAGAUGCUCCUCAAGCUUACGGCCUGUGGUCUGUUCAACUACAUAAGCAACCCCUACAACAUCUUUGAUGGGAUCAUAGUUAUCAUCAGUGUAUGGGAAAUUGUUGGACAAGCAGACGGAGGGUUUUCGGUUUUACGGACGUUCCGUCUGUUGAGGGUUCUGAAGCUGGUACGGUUCCUCCCUGCUCUGCGCAGACAGCUGGUGGUACUGAUGAAGACCAUGGACAAUGUGGCCACCUUCUGUAUGCUGCUGAUGCUCUUCAUCUUCAUCUUUAGUAUAUUGGGGAUGCAUCUGUUUGGGUGUAAGUUCACCCUGCGUUUGGAGAAUGGAGACACAGUCUCAGAUAGAAAGAACUUUGACUCACUCCUCUGGGCCAUCGUCACUGUGUUUCAGAUCUUGACUCAGGAAGACUGGAAUGUAGUUCUGUAUAAUGGCAUGGCUUCCACCUCUCCAUGGGCAUCUUUGUACUUUGUGGCCCUGAUGACAUUUGGGAAUUAUGUUCUCUUCAACUUAUUGGUUGCCAUCUUAGUAGAGGGCUUCCAGGCUGAGGGUGAUGCUAGCAGAUCAGACAGCGAUGAUGACAUGUCAUCUGACUAUGGUGAUGAGGACAAACUGAGAGAACUACUGAACUCAGGAUCAGAAUUGAAAAUGCAGACGUUAUUUCCCAUUUCCAAUGGACACCUGGAAACCCGAGCAUCCAUGCCACCUCACGUGUCACACAUACAACCCAAUGUCAUGCCCAGAACUGAAAUGUCACACAUCUACAUCCAGUCACGUCGCAACAGCAACACCUCCACCGAGCUCCAUGAUCAGAGAUCCCUGUCCAGCCUUUGGGGAAGCCGGCGCUCCAGUUGGAACAGUCUUAGCCACGCCCCCAGUCUCAUCAGACGUGCUCAGUCGGGAGAGCGCGAGUCGCUGCUGUCAGGGGUGAGACAGGACAGCAUAGAUGACAACCAAUCAGACGAUGGGAAAUCCAGCAGGACUGGCAGUCUGGGCGGAGUCUCAUGUCUCGGGUCGUUUGAUUUACCAGAGCUCCUUCAGGUUCCACGCCCAUAUUUGGAGUGUAAUGGCAGAUUAGAUGGAGGUUAUCCAUCAUCUCUGAACAUUACACGUCCUGAACCAUCCAACCAUGGGGUAGAGGAUGAUGACUUUGAAGAGAGUUGGUUUGUCAUUCUGAAGAGAGUGUUGGAGCCGUAUAAACCUCAGUGGUGUAGAGAUCAUGAGGACUGGUCACUCUACCUUUUUUCCCCUCAUAAUAAUUUCCGUGUGCGCUGUCAGAGGGUCAUCACUUAUAAGAUGUUUGAUCAUAUUGUCCUGUUCUUCAUCUUUCUCAACUGCGUCACAAUCGCUCUAGAGAGACCUGACAUCCAGCCUGACAGCACGGAACGGAUUUUUCUUAAAGUGUCCAACUACAUCUUCACUGUGAUCUUUGUGGCUGAGAUGACUGUGAAGGUGGUUUCUCUUGGACUGUAUGCUGGUCCAGGGUCAUACCUGAAGAGCAGCUGGAAUGUUCUAGAUGGUCUGCUGGUGUUUGUGUCUAUAGUGGACAUCCUGGUCUCACUGGCCUCCUCCGGUGGGAACAGAAUCUUGGGAAUCUUAAGAGUUCUUCGUCUUCUCAGAACAUUAAGACCCCUGAGGGUCAUAAGCAGGGCCCCCGGUCUAAAGCUGGUUGUUGAAACAUUGAUCACAUCUCUCCGACCUAUUGGAAAUAUUGUGUUGAUUUGUUGUGCUUUCUUCAUUGUCUUUGGCAUUCUGGGAGUUCAGCUCUUCAAGGGGAAGUUCUAUCACUGCGAAGGAUUUGACACUAGAAAUAUCACCAAUAAAUCGGAGUGCCUGCAGACGAACUAUAGAUGGGUUCGCAGGAAGUACAACUUUGAUAACCUGGGUCAGGCUCUGAUGUCAUUAUUUGUCCUAUCUUCUAAAGACGGCUGGGUAAACAUCAUGUAUGAUGGCUUAGAUGCAGUGGCUGUUGACCAACAGCCAAUUAGGAAUCAUAAUCCCUGGAUGCUUCUGUACUUCAUCUCCUUCCUGCUAAUUGUCAGCUUCUUUGUGCUGAACAUGUUUGUCGGUGUGGUGGUGGAGAACUUCCACAAGUGUAGACAAGACCAGGAGGAAGAGGAGGCUCGACAGAGAGAGGAGAAGAGACAGAAACGCAUGGAGAAGAAACGCAGGAAGGCCCUGCAGAGACCAUACUACGCUGACUACUCUCCUGCACGACUCUAUAUUCACACCCUCUGUACUAGUCAUUAUCUGGACCUCUUUAUCACCAUUAUCAUCGCUAUUAAUGUACUCACAAUGUCUAUGGAGCACUACAGACAGCCCAAGAACCUGGAUGAGGCACUGAAGUACUGUAACUAUUUAUUUACGCUGGUCUUUGUGAUUGAAGCUGUGCUUAAACUGGUUGCCUUUGGCUUGAGGGGAUUUUUUAAAGAGAGGUGGAAUCAGUUAGACCUUGCCAUAGUUCUUCUCUCUAUCAUGGGCAUCACACUGGAGGAGAUCGACCUGAACGCCUCUCUUCCCAUCAACCCAACCAUCAUUCGAAUCAUGAGGGUGCUGCGCAUUGCCAGAGUGUUGAAGCUGUUGAAGAUGGCCAAAGGAAUGAGAUCUCUUCUGGAUACUGUAGUUCAAGCCUUACCACAGGUCGGAAAUCUGGGUCUGCUCUUCAUGCUGCUGUUCUUCAUUUAUGCCGCACUUGGAGUCGAACUUUUUGGAAAACUUGAAUGCACUGAGGAGAACCCGUGUGAGGGUUUAAGCAGACACGCUACAUUUCAGAACUUCGGCAUGGCAUUCCUCACCCUGUUCCGCAUUUCCACCGGUGACAACUGGAAUGGGAUCAUGAAGGAUACCCUACGGGAAUGUAAAAAUGGUGACAAAUGUCUGAGUUACCUGCCACUUUUGUCACCUCUGUAUUUUGUGACGUUUGUGCUGGUGGCACAAUUUGUGCUGGUGAAUGUUGUGGUCGCAGUGCUUAUGAAACAUUUAGAGGACAGCAACAAAGAUGCCCGUGAGGAGGCGGAGAUGGAGGCGGAGCUAAAGGAGGAGCUACAGGGCAGUCAUAGACAAAGUACCGUCUCUGUGGGUGGAGCCACAGGGCUUGAGGGGACAGCUGUGAAAAUGGAGACUCUCUCACAUAAUCAGGGCAAAGACCCCACUUUUGGCAACUUCCUGACUGUUGGAAGGCCAUCCAUGUCAAGGAUGCUCUCCUUGCCUAAUGAUAGCUACAUGCUCUUUCCAGUUAAACCUGUAUAUGGAUCCAUUCACCAGAGAUUCACCAAACAGGAGUCUACACUGCCAGGCUCCUCUCUCUCCCUUGGCUCCCAGCUCUGUGAAGAUAAUUCCCUAAUGCAGAUUCCCGGAACUUCUUCUCAGACAAACUUGGCCCCUCUUGCUGCAUCCCAUCCUCCAACUGAAAGAUCUAGCAGUGUCUUCAGAACCCUUCGUAGACAGGAAGCAAUAAAGGGUGACUCCAUUGAUUGCUCCCACUCGGGCUCCAAAGACAGCUUACAUAUUCCAAGUAAGCCGUGCUCCAGUGAUAGCCUUCAUCUUCAAGUACCCAGCAUUCCCCUGACGGGCAGAUCUGCACCCUGUUCACCUCAAACAUCCCCUCCACCCCUUCGCAAUCGAACGGCAAGUGUACGAACAAAUAGAAAUGUAUACAACCAACGCAGCAUCUCGUGUCGACAGAUUGCACACAGAACACCAUCUAUAAAAACACACAAACUAAUGCAUGCAAAUGUACAAACAAACCUACAGAAUUCAGAAUGCCCUGACAAUGAGAUCCAUCAUAUGACGAACUCUCAACAUGUGGGGGAAAAUAAUACACAGAACACCAGACAGUUGAGUGGCUGGACAUCCCGUCAACAAGUUAGCACCAGUCAUAGACUACGAAAGUACAACAGCAUGGAAAAUAACGGCUUCCUGACGGAACUCAGCAUCCCUCGACGUCACUCAACACACGGGGAGGAGCGAAUGCUUCAACAGAAGACAAUGAAAGCAUCCACACCAUUUACUGGACCUUCUCCGAUCUCCAAAGAGGAGAAAGUGAGCCCACCAUGCAUCUCCAUUGACCCUCCCUCUGAUGUUGAGUUUACAACUUCAAUGGUCCACAAGGAAUACAGUACAGUCGUACGAAGUCAAUGCGAGUCGUUAGAUACUCCUGACGUGCCGUCACUCUCAGAAGCCCUCCCACAGGAUGAACCUCUUUUGUCAAGUCGUUUGCCCCUUCCACAAUUCUCUUUUGACCAAUCGGAUGUAAGUUCCCUGAGCAGUCUCUCGGAACUGCUUUCGGAUAGUGACCAAUCGACGCACUCCUUUCCACGAUCAGGGUUGGUAGGAACCAUGGAAGAUGUUGCCCAGAGUCCACUCAGGAAGAAGGUUUUGGUCCGAAUGGCCAGCACUAGGGAUCCAGGAAAUGAUGAUUCGGUAGCUAAAAUUCCAGACACAUCCUCAUCUUCGUAAAGCAUUUUAAUAAUGGGAAGAGGUGGUUUUAGCCAAAGUAUGCAAUGUGUUUUUGAUGGAACUGAUCUGUUUUUUACCUGAUCAUAUUGAUUAGGGUUUUAGAACUUUUAUUAGUGUUCAUUACACACAUUGAUAUUGUGAAGUUUUAUGUCAUAUCAGUCCGCUUUGAAUUCAGAGUACAAAUGAAAAUCAACCACAGAACCUGGUUGCAAUCAUGAUAUAUACAGUGGCCCCAAAAUGUAUGCUUUUAGACACUCAAGCCACUUAAAAUAUAUGAAAACUGUACCAUUACAUUAAAAGUUUGAAAGUCAAAAUAGUUUUAGUAAUUUUUUAUAAUAAUUCUUUGGUUUUAUCAUUUCAAACCUCACAAAAUGUUGGUGUAAAUAGCACCUGCCACCGCGUGGCUAUUUGUACUCCAAUAGUCUUGUUGAAACACAAAAAUUUAAGACAAACUGCACCCCCUGUGUCGCUACAGUCGCAUGGGGUGUAACGAAGGUGUAACUUGUGCUUUUUUGUGCGGACAACCCGUGUUUGAUUCCGCAUUUUGUCCCAUCCAGUUUCCUGUCUCCACUCCUAAUAUUUCCUUUAAUACUACCUAUGAUAAAUACAUAAAAUUAAUAUAAAGGUUGAUUUUCUUACAGUGAUUUAGUCACGGUGAAGGUCAGGGAUUUUAAUUAACCAUGGUUUUACUAUAGUAAUAUUGUUGCAACUUUUUUUUUCAUGAAAGCCAUAGUUUUAAUGCAUUGUGUUACUACAGUAAUAUGGUAUUAAUAUAGUAACCAUGUUUAGUUUUUUUAGUUUUUUAGUAAUUACUAUGAUUUUACUACAAAAUACCAUGGUGAUACUAUGGUAACUGUAGUAAAACCAUGGUUAUGUUUUGUAAAGGAAGGUUAGAGUCCUGUUUAGUGGGAGGGGUUGGCAUAGUGUGUCUAUGGGACUCUAAGUGCAAAGAAGAUGCUUUUAAUAGCUAUUCACACUUAGUGCAAAUAGCCUUUGCCUUUUUAAAUGUUCUUUUUUGCUUAAAUUGUGUGUGCUGUCUUUAUUUAAAAUAUAUGCCUCUUGAUUUUAUAUUUUGUUUUAAAAUAAAAACACAUUUAUAUAUUUUUAAGUGUUGCCAAAUUAUCCAGAUACCUUUUAAGGCCACUGUAAUUACUGCACAUCAAAUAGUGAUUUUACAUAGGAGUUCUCAUCUUCAAAUCAUUGCGAUGUUGAACAGCAUCCUGUAAGUCAUAUAAUUGAUUCACCUUAAAGUCGUAACACCCUAAUGUCUUACAGAGUAUAUAGAAAUCAUUUAGCUGAAACAUAUGCAUGGGAAUAAUGCAGAGUGUAGCUGAAUGAAUGAAAUGAUUAUUGUAUAAAUAAAGUGUGGCAUGUGAUAUUUAUCUAUAGGGUCAGAGUUUUACUAUAUGUAUUGUUGGCUUUCAGGAAGGAACAGUGUGGAAGGAAUAUUCUGGGUUCAAUGCAUUUCAAGCUCCAUCAAUAACACCUCAGUUUUUAAAAACAAGUAAAAAAUGUUUCUACAGUAAUGCACUUACAAUGGAAAUCUAUAGUGCAAAGUAACAAGACACGUGUUAAAAUACAUUACUUUGAAAGUAUAGCCACAAGACUUGAACAUUAUACAGUACGAGUUCACAUGAGACUAGUAUGAUAAAAUGUCUUACUAACGUCUGUGCAAAGUUACAUGCAAUUUAACAACUACUGUAUAUGAGCAUUUAAAUAAAGUAAACACAGUAGCAUUUGCAUGUGCAAAUACAUUGGUACCGCAUAACCAGGAAUUCUUCUGCUUAGAACAGUAGUCCUACCAAAAAAAUAAACAAAUAAGACGACAACUUUACAGUUCAAAUCAUGCACAUUUUUGAACCACAGAAUUCAAAUAAAUGCUCAAAACAUAAAAUACAGUCUUUUUCAAAUUUCUGUUUUUUUAACCCUGCUGAAGGCCUUGCCCCAUAGACUUACAUUGUAAGCACGGAUUUGUUUGUUUUUUACAAGCUGAGUGUCAAGUCAAAAACAAUUCUGUGUUAAAGGUGCUGUAAACGAUUUGUUUUCAUGGAAAGAUAUUCAUUUAAUAAGUGUCCUGAGAUAUCUUACUCUUGUCUGUGACAGCUCUGUAAACAGCAAACAAUAAUGUUUCUGCGGGCCAUGGUCUCUGAGGCUUUCUGCCUGUCAUUCAUUUUGUGCGUUGUUAUAGUGUUGUAGUUGCAGCGAAUUAUUAAGGCUUAAUGCCAUUUUUAUGCCAUGUUGCUCAAACAGUUGUCAGCUAAGGGUGCUAUUUUUGUGCUGAUAUUUUUGCAACUGCUUCUGCUUGAAGUUGGGGGUUUUGGAAAGAGGAGGCGUGGCUAAUGCAACGGCUCAGCUUGUGGAAAUUCUAGAACGGCUAAAAUCGCUUUCAGCACCUUUAAGCAAAAAUAAAGAACUUAACUUUAAUUGAACCUGAAACAUUCCUUUAUUUUCAUAAUGUUUUUGUCAUAAAAUCAUUAAAGUAUUUCUUCCUCCUUUUUUAUUAUGUCUUUUCUUCCUUUCUUCUAUUUCCUUCCUUCCAUUUUUCCAUCCAUUAUUCCAUCUUUUUCUU